AUGUUGGCCAACGUUGUCUUCGUCGCUGCUCUUGUCGGCUCUGCAGCUGCUCUUGCUCCUCGUCAGUAUGCGUCCGUGUCGUCCUCGGACGACUCGUUCGAGUCCUACUCCCUCGACGCCAGCCAGAGCUCCGAAGCGGCCUGCGAUUCGAUGCUGGCCUCGGCCGCCUCCGGCGUGCCCUCUUUCCCCGCGGAUGUGGAAAGCUAUUUUGCCAGCUACCUCGACACCCCCAUCACGGACCCCUGCCAGAUCACCGUGCCGAGCAGCCUCGCGGCCGUGUACUCGUCGUACAUGACGCCCUACAGCAGCUGGUACGCCGAACACAGCUCCGCUAUCUACAGCAUCGAGAGCAGGUGCGGCUACCUCGACCCCGUCUCGUCCAGCUACUACUACUCCGACGUCUGCGCCACUGCCACGUCCAACAGCGCCAGCGCCAAGGGUAGCGCCACUGCUACCGCCACUGCUACUGCCACUGCUACCGGCAAGACCACGGCUGCUGCCACUGACAAGACUACUGCCAAGGCUACGACCACCGCCACAAGCACCGCCACAGGUACCACCUCCGCCACGACUGCUGCUGCCACGGCUGCUGCAGCUAGGGACAGUGCUAGCGUCAUAGUCGGUGCUGUCGUUGCGGCUGCCGGCUUCCUGGUCAUUGCUCUGUAA